CCCGAGUUGAAGGAUUCGAUCAUUAACGCCCAUUAUCUUCCUCAGGUGCUCUGCGGGAUACUCUUCCUUUGAAGUCUACAACUCGCUUUUCACGUUUACAGCACCCACUUGUUGGACUGCCUUAAUUGUGCUCUAUGAAAUUUUAAGUGUUGCCGUGUAAAACGCUGAACAGGGUUCAGUCAGGACACCUCAUUGCCGCCCUUCGAUGUCAAGCGAAACCAUGGAAUAUCCAGGGAGGCUGCUUCUUAGGAUUUUCAUUCUCACAGCUGGGCUGUGUGUUGACAGAUAUAGUCGUCGAUGACCAACUUCUAGCCGUUGACGUGGAUCUAGAGGGUUCGUAUCAAACGCAAACGUGUUCCAUGUCUGAUAGAUAUUCAUACAAAGGCUUCUAUCCGGGGAACAUGGGUACAUUGCUGCGGCAUAUGUGCUUUAGGUUGUCUGGGCUUGGUAAUAAGAACUUGAAGAACUCGCUCUUCCAUUUCAGAUCGUGAGGAGCGGCAGGUUCUAUCAUUCUAUGAUAGUUGUGAGCCUAGGAACUCACUGAACCCUGAAUCCGAUGGAGCCUUGAGUAUAUAUGGUUCACCUUUGUGCAUGCCGAGUAGCAGUCAGUGUUAUCACCCUCCCACCGUUCAUCAUGUCAUCUACCAACGACAAGAUUCUGCAUUCGGUCCUUAGUGGCGACAUUGAAGUCGACACCGCGCGUGCUGACGAUGCCCUGACAUCAGACAAACUGAAGCAAGAUAUCAUUCGACUGUUCCAAGAUGAUCAUCACAACCUUCCUUUUGUCAAAUUGCUAGCAGUCAUCGACGAUCCCGACGUAGACUACACGAAUCCCAAGGUCCAGAACAUCUUCAAUGAUAUCCAUCGUCUUGAUGAGAAGCCAGUGAAACUUCCCACCAAAAAGUUCCACGUUCAUCCAUUCUAUGACUUGCUCGGAGACGAGGACAUCAUCAUUCCAGAUGCUGAUCUGGACGAAGAUGAAGCGAAGACUGACCAUAUCGUAGCGCACGGCCUUUUCGCUGGCUUACACCGUAUCAAAGUCAAGGUUGAGGCUUUAGAAGAGAAAGUUGCGUCCGUGAGCGAUGCUACAGUAUCCCAGGUGGACGAGAACGAAUUCAGCAAUUGGGGCAAGAACGUCAAUUUCGAUGCCGGAUCCACGCUGAUAGUACGUUCCGUCGCCGGUGUUUGCAAAGUUGUACAAUGGGCAGCCGCGCAAGACAGGAAAGUCCGUGCAGCCGGUUUCCGUCACAGCUGGAGUGAUAUUUACGGAGGUCCAGGAGAUGUGAUCAUCAUGUUCCUCCCCAUCAACACUCUUACACAGCUCCCUUAUGAGGACCCACCAGCGGAUUGGAAGACAGAGCUCUCCGGUAUCGAGAUCGUUCCGAGUGUAGCUGGUCGUGCCGCUCCUGAAGGGCGAGCUUUCUGCAAGAUCAUGGCAGGAACUACUAAUGAUCAAUUACGCCAAUGGUGUUUUGGCAAUAAGACAUGGUGUCUCGACCUCAAUGUUAUCAUGGUAGAAAUCACAUUUGGUGGUAGCAAUGCCCCCAUCUGUCAUGGCGCAGGUUUCAAGACGGAUACAUUGUCUGACUUGGUAGUUGAAGUAACCUACGUCGAUGCCAAAGGUGAACUACAAACGGUAAAUGACCCUACGGAACUCCGCGCUGCGAGCGGAUGUUUCGGUCUUCUAGGCAUUGUUGUUUCUUUGACCCUCGAACUGGGCACAAUGGGCGUAACCGACAUGUCGCCCGUGAAGAUUCCAAUGCCUCUUGCUAUUCCUCCUCCAAAGGACUACCCCAUUCCUGGCGAAGUGCAGAAACUGAUCGAGAAGCUUGGGAUCACCGAGGAGCAAUUGGAUCAUGCUCGCAUAGACUUUGUCAAUAGAUGUGAGGGCGACUUUUAUUUGGAAUGGUUCUGGUUCCCGUACCAGGACAAUUGCUGGGUCAAUACUUGGUCGAGACGCCCAAUCACACCGGACGAGUUGAAUCUCGAGGCGUACCCCGGAGACAGUUGGCUCGACGGUGUUAAAUCGCAACAGAUCCAAGCAACUCUUGCUGAAGCUCUCGUCAACUAUACCCCUUUCCGGUGGUUGUCAGGACGUCAUCAGGCAUUCUUGCUAGGUGGCGCCUCACUCUUCGCGUUACCCAACGUUACAGAGGAGAAGGAUAUUAUCAAGACUUUCGUCAGCGAAGCUUUGCACUUCAGGCGAGGAAUUCAAAACUUCCGCUGCUGGGAUACCGAAUGGGAGAUACCUCUUCCAACCAUCAAAGGACAGAGAGAUUAUGAGCUAGUCCAACGUGCCUGGUGGGACGGAAUCUCUGCAAUGUACUCUCGCAAAGACGCACCUGUCCGUGUUGCUCUCGAAAUGCGACUAACAGGAGGCUCGAAUGUCUUACUCGCUCCUCAACGCGGUAACGCCGGGACUGUGUCUAUCGAAGUUCUCACAACUCUCAUCACUCCCAAAGACGACUGGCAGACGUUCAUGCAACAAAUCGCUGACAAGUGGACGAGUUAUGAUCUCAAGGACGAGAACGGUAACACUCUGUAUCCUCGUCCUCAUUGGGCGAAACAGUGGGGUGGUCUUCAGAUCCAUGGGAAGCCUAUUGAACGGUACUUUAGGGAGGACGCGUAUAAGGAUGCUUUUUCUGAAUUUAGGAAGACGUUUGGGAAUAUCGUGACUAGCAGGGGGAGCUCGGUGGAUGAGACUUUGAAGAUGUUUGGGACGGUAACGAUGGAGCGUUUGAUCUUCAACUAGUGUGGAUUCCUUGCCUAUUGUACUAGUAUGAGAGUUUGACUUCGGUAUCGACUAGAUUGUUUGAUGGGACGCUUGUUGUACUAUACCACAGCAUUCCUGGGAGUUUCGCCACAAUAUAACAUAAGAUUAUACUGGUCUAUACAAUACAGAUUGCAAAAGGAUAACAGCUACAAAACUGCUAUGGAUACAGUGCGAGUCAACAAGCGUCCAUGCGCGACAGCCCAUUCGUCUCAACUUUCAGCUCUACGAUCCUAACCUCGAAAGUAACUCCAACACAUGACUCUCAACAUUCAGCAUUCAAACACCUCCCCAGUACUAACGUUGACCCUACUCCAACCCCGUCCCGUCAACGCCAACCUCAUAAACAUCCAAACCCACGUCACAUGCGCCAACACGAAAAAGGGCA